AUGUCUCAGCAUGGAUUUCGCCAUUCCCGGAUCAGCAGGAUCAUAAAUGCCAAGCAUCGAAAGGAGGAAGAAGAAGAUACGGUAGACGGUUCAAACCCCGCUUUACACAAUGUAAAGGAAGUGCAAAAACCUCUAGUAUUAGAAGAUACAGUCGAGCCGUGCGACCCGCUAAAUCGGAACUGUAUGGAGGAUGUGGCUAUUUCCUCUGACUUGCUGGUUAAACGACAAGCCGAGUCAUCACAAACAUCGGCUACGGUCUCCACGGUAGUGCAGGUGGUGGAGAGUAUCUCGCAAACUGCGUCGCAAUCAACUGGCACGGACUUUCCAAUCACUCUCUCAGGCACAUUCGAUAUGACGAUCUCAGCAACUUUUUCGGCAACUCUCUCAGGAAGUCUCUCAGGAACUGACUUGCUGGCGACGUCUGUAACGGAUUCGUCAAUCGCAUCGAUAACAUCACCGACCACCCAGCCCACUACUUCGGCCACGAGCAAGCAGCGCGUACCUGUCUCGUCACCCAGAGUCUCUGCAGGCGCUGGUACUCAACAUACCUCCACCCCCUUGGUAUCUCCCGCUAGCAGUCCGACAAGUUCGGCUACGACAAGUACUCCAACCGUGAACAGUGUCUACUAUUACUCAUACUCAACCUCAUCCUCGGCCUCAGCCUCAACCUCAACCGAAUUCGCAUCCGCAUCCUCGUCCGCAUCCUCGUCCCCAGUUUCUGGAACUUCGUGGACUGGCUACUACUCCAGUUCGACUGAAACACCAUCUUCAACAACUGACGUGCUUGGAGCUGUGCACACUGGUACCAGUUCUGGCUCCAGCACCGGUGAUGGAUCAGGGUCGUCCACGAAUUCAGGGUCCUCGGGCUCGGGAUCUUCCAUUUCCCCCACCACAUCCAAAAUUGUGGGCGGGGUGAUUGGCAGUGUUGCUGGUCUGGCUCUUAUUUUUGCUCUCCUUUUCUACAUCCUUCGUCGGCGGGGUUAUCUCCAACGCUUCUUGAAAGACAAGGGAACAGAAGCUCUUCCAUCCAGCGAUGCUGGAACUGCUGGCACCAGGGAAAUGUCCGAGAGACCCUCCAGCGUCUUCACUACUUCGUACUUGGCUCCUGCCUUUAUGAAACGCUGGCGUCAGUCAACCAUGACCACCAGAACUGAUAGCACAGUCGAUUCAGAUUCCAGCGAGCGCGGAUUCCAAAAGAUCUCAGGCCGGAAAAUUCCCCCUGUCCUCACCCAUGGAGGAGAUGGUUUUGGUGGAGGACUAGAUGGCGACUCACCCACCAUUCCAGACUGUCUUAUCGGCCUAUCCCCAUCAUCCUCAACUGGAGGACCAAGUGGGGGCUUUCUAUCUUCUCCUGUCGCACAUGGUCCGCCUCCAGCAUCCCCGUUCGGCUCGCCACUUGAUACGAACUACACACGGGAAAUAGACGAGUUCCCCACCCCGCCACGAUCCAAGAUUCAACUUCCAGUCUCCAGCUCAGUGAAUUUCGGCUCUCCCACCAUGGUAUCUUCUUCUCACUCUAUUCCGCAACCGCAAAGUGCGAUACCUGUCCAGCGGCCGGACUCAGUGGGACGAAGUCUUCCAAGCUUUGAUGGAAGCCGCGGCAGCCGCUUCACGGAGAGUCUGGAUCUGUGA